CUCCCGCGCUUGUGUCAUUGGCGCCACCAAACUAAUCACCGGAGAUCAGGAUGGUCAUGGUCGUCGACGUCCGUCCAGGGCCGCCAACCAACCCCCCGGGACUCUCCGGCCGCUGGUCAUCACAGGACGAGACGACGACCACGUGUGCAGGCUCAUUCUCUACCGGCGUCCGAGCGCGUCAAAGUCAUCGUCUGGCUUUCGCCGUGGCCGGGUAGGUGGCGAAUCGAGCGAGCCGUGGUAGGUGCGGGCGGUUCGUCCCACCGGAACGCCGGCGGCACGGCGUCCGGCCCCCGGCCCCGACACGGCGACACCGCUAAAACACACUGCCAUUUGGCCAGAACCAACCAAACGGCUCGUCGCCGAUUUAAGUAAGCCACGUGACUGCCAAGCCGGCCACACUCUCCUCUCCCCGUGCUUGUCUUCUUCUUCUCCUCCCUCGCUCCGGCUCCGAUCUGCCUGCUGCCGCCACAGUGCCACCUACCGUCCGCCCUCAGCUCGACCCCGUCGUGGCCUCGUCAGUCGUCCCCCGCGCCGCGAGGUGGUCCUAAUUUAACCCCACCAACUAGGGCCCUACCACCAACCCAACCGCCGAUCAACCGCUCCCGCCGCCCGCACUGCCAUGGGCCAGGCUCGCCGCGCGACGCUCUCGUCGACCCCCGCCGUGCUCCUCUGAGAGACUGAGAGGCAGAGCUAGCCAGCCAGCCAGCCCCUGCUUGCUUGAGUGCUUGCCGUGUGUCGGGCUCGGCUUCUCCUUCUCCUUCGCCCACGCGCGGCGCGGGGUUGUUGGAUCAAAGCUUGACCAACCAUGGCGUCGGUCAGGUCGUGCGUGUCCGUGAAGUCCGCCGUGAGCCCGGUCAGGUACAGAUCCACGAGGGCCAGGGCGGCCGGUCUGGGGGCUCCGGGAAGGCUGCGCGUACGGUCCCCGUCCCUGGCGCUCGGCGGCGACGGUGGCUGCGCCAGCGCCAGCAGCAGCGGGAGGGGUAGCGUCGUCGUCAGUGGCGGCGGUCUCGGCGUGCUCGGCGGCGAUGGACCGAGGAUCAUCCGGCGGGGCGGCGGGCGGGAGGUCCUCGCCAUGUGCAGCGCGAGCUUCGACGGGGUCCGUCCCGCCGCCGGCGCCGGCGCUGCCGUGGCCAGCGCCGUGCAGCCCGUGCCGGCGGCGUUCCCCGAGCGCGUCAAGGUGGUGGCGCUGGUGGCGGCCAUCAUGCUGCUCUGCAACGCCGACCGGGUCGUCAUGUCCGUCGCCGUCGUGCCGCUCGCCGCGCAGUACGGGUGGUCCAGCUCCUUCGUCGGCAUCGUCCAGUCGUCGUUUUUAUGGGGAUAUGUUUUCUCAUCCAUGGUUGGAGGAGCUUUGGCAGACAAAUAUGGCGGGAAGAAGGUGAUGGCAGGUGCUGCUGCACUCUGGUCCUUGGCUACAAUUCUCACUCCUUGGGCCGCCUCCCGCUCCACCAUCAUGUUGCUUGCUGUACGUGCACUCUUUGGCCUUGCAGAAGGUGUUGCAUUUCCGACAAUGAGCACCUUCUUACCAAAGUGGUUCCCAACACAUGAGCGUUCCACUGCUGUUGGCAUUUCCAUGGGUGGAUUCCAUCUUGGAAAUGUCAUAAGCUUCCUAGCAACACCGAUCAUCAUGUCACACAUAGGCCUCUCGGGAACAUUUGCCUUCUUCGCGUCGCUUGGUUACGUGUGGCUCUUUGUAUGGAUGUUAAAUGUAGAAAGUGAUCCUCUUGACAGCCGUACUAUAAGCAAAUCUGAAUUGGAAUUAAUUCUAGCUGGAAGAACUGGAUCUAAAGUCCAAGGCAGUAAAUUCCCAUCCCUAAGGGAAUUGUUCUCAAGGACUGAAUUCUUAGCUGUCACUUUGGCCAAUGUGGUCAACAACUGGGGCUAUUUUGUCCUAUUGUCGUGGAUGCCUGUGUACUUCAAAACGGUUUAUAACGUCAAUCUGAAACAAGCAGCAUGGUUCAGCGCCAUACCUUGGGCAGUCAUGGCGAUGUCCGGUUAUGUUGCAGGAGCCUCUGCAGAUUUCCUGAUCAAAUCUGGUUACUCUAUUGGACUAGUUCGGAAAAUUAUGCAGUCCAUUGGUUUCAUGGGGCCUUGUGUGUCAUUACUAUGUUUAAGAUUUGCCCAAACUCCAUCAGUUGCUGCAGUUCUCAUGACCACUGCCCUGAGCUUGAGUUCUUUUUGCCAAGCCGGAUACUUUUGCAAUAUACAGGACAUUGCUCCAAAAUAUGCUGGAUCCUUGCACGGGUUGACGAACGGCAUAGGGACGGUGGCCGCCAUAGUUAGCACCAUCGGGACCGGCUACUUCGUCCAGUGGCUAGGGUCCUUCCAGGCCUUCCUCACCCUCACGGCGGCGCUCUACUUCAGCGCCACCGUCUUCUACAACAUCUACGCAACCGGCGACCUGAUUUUUGACUGAGACGAACUUGCUAAAUGCCAGUAAUGAUUCUUUUGUGCAGACGCAGAAUCCCAAAGUGUACCAAUGUUAAUUUGUAUCUCCCCAAGGAUGGAAUAAGAUGGAGGUUGAUUGCAGUUUGCUAAGUGUAAAAA